GCAACAGCAACAGUAACAGUAACAACAUCGACGAAUUGCAACAGCAACAAAUCAAUCCAAAAACCAGUGACAACCACAUUACAACGACAACAGCCACCGCAUCAUUGGAAGCUGCAACAACUGCAAUACCAACAAUAGACAACCCAUUAGCAUCAGCAACAGCACAGGCAAUAGUUGCUGCUCCGGCAACAGGAUCCACAAGCGCCCGAGCAGCACUAGCAGCAGCCGUAGAGGCGACAGCCGUCCACAGUCGAGCUGCCCAAGACCGCAGCGACAGAAACCAGUUGGCCAGAAGCGACUAAGCCCGGAGACAACAGCAACAGAACCAGCAACAGCAUCAGCCACCAGCCAGACUAUCAACACCAGAAUCAGACCCAGGACCAGAACCAGCAACAGCAACAGCAACAGCAACAGCAAUCUGCAACAUGCAACGUCUACGCACCACCUUCACGCGCUCGCGCACUCCGACAGGAGCAGAAAUGAAGAUGCAGAACAGCCUCGAAGUUCCUAAGCAGGUGCGCUCGGCUUCCUUCGACGAAAUGCAACUGGAGGCGCAGCGGGCCUCGGCCCAGCUGCUCAAACAGCAGUCCUCCUCCUCCGCCUCGGCGGACGAGCGCUCCUCGGAGGCGGGCUUCCUGCAGGUACCGCUAGCCGCCCACCAGCAGCGGUCGCACAGUUUCGACUCGGCGGCUGCUUCCGUGGGCAGCGACGAUUCCGGCGCCUUCUUGGAGGUGCCCCGCCGGCUGAAGGCUCGACGCAGCUCCUCCACCAAGACGCCGCCACCCUGCAUCCACUGUCACUACCUGGAGGAGUACGAGCGUCGGAUGACGGCGGAGCAACGCUACUUCAUAGACCACCGCGAGCUGAGUGCCCUGAGCAACACCAGCUCGGAGGUGAGCGAGGACGAGGAGGACGACGAUGACGAGGCAGAGGACGAGGAGGGCGAAGCAGCGGGCGGUGAGACGGAGUCCUCUGAGCUCGCUUCGGGCCUGGACGAGGCCAGGGCUCUCGAGUCGGAGCACGAGCACGAGCAUGACCCAGACGACGACGCCGCAGAGGAGAUGGACAUCCGGAUUGGCAAUAUGAGCCUGGGCAGCAGCAUCGAGGAGUCCCGCGCCCGGCUGCCCCGCCAGAUGCGGCGGCACACCAUCGGAAGCAGCUCCAUGACAUCCGGCACCUCCGAGGACGAGGGCCUGGAGAACUCGGACCACGGAUCACCCCACUUCGGCAACACCCUGCUGCCGCCCCAGCCGGCCACUCCCUGUGGCAUCACCUUCACCCUGAGCCCCACCAACGGCGACUAUCCCUCGCCGCCCCUCUUCCCCAUCGAUCCUUCCUCGCCGCCUCUCUCGCCCUGCCCCCUGGUGCCGCCGGUCACCGCCUCGAUAUCCUGCACCGCCGCCGACUCCGACGACGCCGGAGCGGCCAUGGGCCUCCCUGUGCGCACCCGUCGGCGGUCUAUAUCCCGCCAGGAGGCGGUGUUCGUGGAGCCCACUGGCAACUCCCUGGAAAACGUGUCCCACGAAGAGGUGGACAACAACAAGUCGUCCGUAGAGACCGCCGACUCGAUGGACGAGGCCUCCACCAUGGCCACCUGCGGCUCGCCCACGAUCUCGCCGUUCUUCGCCGGCGGCACCACCGGCGGACCACCCAGCUCGAGCCUCCACAGCGCCUUCGUGGUGCGGGACAUCUACUUGACGGUGCCGGACCUGAAGCGGGACCGCGCCGCCUCCGUAGACUCGUGUUUCUCGAAGCUCUCGUCAGGGCCGAAGGCGGAGGAGUUGCAGCCGAGCGCUGACGGCUGCUUCCUGACUGUGCCGAACAUCAACGCCACCCGGUCGCGGUCGGUGGACAUCGUCCUGCCCACGGACGAGCAGGCCCGGUACAAGGCUCUGGCCAUGACAGGAUCCACGGCCACCUACGCAGAUGGCAGGCGUACCGCUUCGGCGAGCAACUCCCGGAGACCGAUACGGAUCGUGCCCGACUGGACGGAGAACGCGGUGCAGGGCGAGCACUACUGGAAGCCCACCUCCGCCUCCGGGGAUCUCUGCUGCCUGAACGAGGAGUGCAUUAAGAGCGGCCAGCGGAUGAAGUGCUCCGCCUGCCAGCUGAUCGCCCACCAGAACUGCAUCCCCCUCGUGAACGAGAAGUCGCAGCUGGCGUGCAAGCCGACCUACCGGGACGUGGGCAUCCGCCAGUACCGGGAGCAGACCACCACCCACCACCACUGGGUGCACCGCAAGCUGGAGAAGGGCAAGUGCAAGCAGUGCGGAAAGCAGGCCGUGCAGAGCAAGCUCUUCGGGUCGAAGGAGAUAGUGGCGCUGUCCUGCGCCUGGUGCCACGAGAUCUACCACAACAAGGAGUCGUGCUUCAACCAGGCCAAAAUCGGCGAGGAGUGUCGUCUGGGAAACUAUGCACCCAUCAUCGUGCCCCCCUCCUGGAUCGUCAAGCUGCCCAGCAAGGGAAACUUCAAGUCCUCGAUACGCGUCAGCAACAAGAACAAUGCCGCUGCGGGAUCCUCGGCCGGCGGAGGAGGAGGAGGAGGUGGGGCCGGAGGCAAGAGCAAGAAGCAGACCCAGCGCCGCCAGAAGGGCCAGAAGGACGAGAAGAAGGAGCCGCGCGCCUUCAUCGUGAAGCCGAUUCCCUCGCCGGAGGUGAUCCCGGUCGUAGUCUUCAUCAAUCCCAAGUCCGGAGGCAACCAGGGCGUGAAGCUCUUGGGCAAGUUCCAGCACCUGCUCAACCCGCGCCAGGUCUUUGAUCUCACCCAGGGUGGCCCUAAGAUGGGGCUGGACAUGUUCCGCAAGGCUCCCAACCUCAGGGUGCUGGCCUGCGGCGGCGACGGCACCGUCGGCUGGGUCCUGUCCGUCCUGGACACGAUCCAUCCGCCCCUGCAGCCGGUUCCGGCCGUCGGAGUGCUGCCCCUCGGCACCGGCAAUGAUCUCGCUCGCGCCCUCGGAUGGGGCGGGGGCUACACGGACGAACCCAUCGGCAAGAUUCUGCGCGAGAUAGGGAUGUCGCAGUGCGUCCUCAUGGACCGCUGGCGCGUCAAGGUGACUCCCAACGACGACGUCACCGACGACCACGUCGACAGGAGCAAGGCGAACGUGCCCCUGAACGUCAUCAACAACUACUUCUCGUUCGGCGUGGACGCCCACAUCGCCCUCGAGUUCCACGAGGCGCGGGAGGCCCAUCCGGAGCGCUUCAACUCGCGGCUGCGCAACAAGAUGUACUACGGCCAGAUGGGCGGCAAGGACCUGAUCCUGCGCCAGUACCGCAACCUCUCCCAGUGGGUGACGCUCGAGUGCGAUGGCCAGGACUUUACCGGAAAGCUUCGCGACGCCGGCUGCCAUGCCGUCCUCUUCCUGAACAUCCCCAGCUAUGGCGGCGGCACCCAUCCGUGGAACGACUCCUUCGGUUCCACGAAGCCCUCCAUCGACGACGGGCUGAUGGAAGUGGUGGGCCUGACGACCUACCAGCUGCCCAUGCUGCAGGCGGGCAUGCACGGCACCUGCAUCUGCCAGUGCCGGAAGGCGCGCAUCAUCACCAAGCGCACCAUUCCGAUGCAGGUGGACGGGGAGGCCUGCCGGGUGAAGCCCUCGGUGAUCGAGAUCGAGCUGCUCAACAAGGCCCUGAUGCUCUCCAAGCGAAAGCACGGACGCGGCGACGUCCAAGUCAACCCACUGGAGAAGAUGCAGCUGCACAUCCUGCGCGUCACCAUGCAGCAGUACGAGCAGUACCACUACGACAAGGAGAUGCUCCGGAAGCUGGCCAACAAGCUCGGCCAGAUCGAGAUCGAGUCCCAGUGCGACCUCGAGCAUGUGCGCAACAUGCUCAACGCCAAGUUCGAGGAGUCGAUAUCCUACCCAAAGGUCUCCCAGGACUGGUGCUUCAUAGACUCCUGCACCGCGGAGCACUACUUCCGCAUCGACCGCGCCCAGGAGCACUUGCACUACAUCUGCGACAUCGCCAUCGACGAGCUGUACAUCCUGGACCACGAGGCGGCCACGAUGCCCCAGACCCCGGACCAGGAGCGCUCCUUCGCGGCCUUCUCGCAGCGGCAGGCGCAGAACGAGCGCCGCCAGCUGGACCAGGCCCAGGGCCGCGGCCCCGGCAGCACGGAUGAGGACUUGCAAAUUGGCUCCAAGCCCAUCAAAGUGAUGAAGUGGAAGAGCAACAAAGACCGUUUGUUCAGUUUCAACGAAGACGUUUUUGGUUAUGGAUUCAGCCCUAUACUGGAGCAAACUUCCGAUGCCGUACUACUAGCAGCCCAGAGCGGCGAUCUCAAUAUGUUACGUGCACUACAUGAACAAGGAUACUCACUGCAGUCGGUGAACAAGAACGGACAGACGGCCCUGCACUUUGCUUGCAAAUACAACCACAAGGACAUUGUCAAAUACAUCAUCUCGUGCGCCACUCGACGCGUCAUCAACAUGGCCGACAAGGAGCGGGGACAGACGGCCCUCCACAUCGCCGCCGAGCAGAACCGCCGCGACAUCUGCGUGAUGCUGGUGGCCGCCGGAGCGAACCUGCAGGCCCGCGACUCCGGCGGGAACACAGCCAUGAUGGUGGCGUUCAACAAGAACGCCAACGAGAUCGCCACCUAUUUGGAAAGUAAGCAGGGAACCCCCCAGCCCGCAGACGGCGCCUGGCCAGUCAACGACUCGAAUACAUCGCCGUCGGCCCCCUCCAUGUAGAGAAAUCGCUAGAUAGUACCGCCAGACCCACAGCCCACACUCCUGCCUACACCCACAACACGAAAGCGAAGCGAAGGAGUAAGCGUAAUCUAGGCCCACUAAUCUUGCGAAUUUCUCCUUUCCCUGCAAAAUAAUCAACACCCAAUACUGGAUCGACGAUGGACACUACCUUGUACAUAAACGCCUCAAAACCUCAAAACCACAUUCCAAACCAAAUCGUCCAGGUCAAGAGCGGUUCAUGCACCUGGAGGUGCAGACCCGGAUCUAAGGAUCUAAGGACAGACGGAUGCACGACGGAUGCAGGACAGUCGGCGGAGGCGGUCGGCGAAGAAGCAUUCACCCAUAAGGAAUACUUUAAUGAUAAUCGCUUUUUUUUCAACUAGUUUUUUGCUUUUUGUUCGAACUAGCAAGUACGAGAAACCAAGCAAGUUAUACCAUAUAUGAUAUGAUCUAAGCAAAGGAUACGAACCGCAGACCACAGACCACACUCAUCACUCAUCCGCAUCCUCAUCCUCAUCCUCAUCACUCAUCACUCAACACUCAAGACACACACGGCACUUGAAACUGAAGGCAGCAAACUAAGAAUACUGCAUUGUAGAGGAGAGCUAGCGAGGAAGCGAGGUAGGCAAUAUUUGAUCCGAUUUAUUUUAACUUAAGAACAGAGUCAGAAUCAGAACAGAUCGAAAUUCUGCUGGUUGUCGCUCGUCGCGAGGCGGGCGGUGGCGUUUAAUGAUUAUAUUGUGAUAUCUAAAUUAAUUACGCAAAAUUAUCAAGCGGGAGCGAGAGCGAAAUUGAUAUUAGCGAGGAGCUAGGAGCUAGGAGCUAGGAGCGAGGAGGGAGGAGCAUUUGCUGUACAUAAGGAUAAUCAAUCACAGACACACCGAGCAAAUAUUUAGUCGCCCUAACUAACACGUAAUUCUUAAUAUUAAACGUCUAAUGUAUACAUUUUGGAGUUCGACUAGGCUAAGUGAGAUUUCAAUACUCUUGUCAAGAAACCAAAACGAGAACGAGGCAGAGCAGCAGCAGCACGAUUAGAGGAGCGAGGGUGUCCUGCGGCCCGCUCCAGGACCACCCCAGGACCCCCAGCUCGCAAACACACAAAGAACACACUGACACGGUCCCGAUGCACAGACUAGAAUGCACAACCCCCUAGACAUGGCCCCAUGCUUCAGCCCCAUUCUAUAUCUAAUAUCCUAUAUCCUACAUCCUACAUCCAAUGCGUUUCAGACCGAGAGACUUGAAUUCCGAGAACCAGUUAGAACAAGGACUGUCCGUGCCAUCCGCACUCUAUUACCCCCUAUUUCCCCACCCGAACACAAAACACGAGAAGCAAGAACCCUACGUUAGCGAAACUCAUAUAUGUAUACCUUAUAGAAUCAAAAGUAACUACGAUACAAUACUUAUAUUACAUAGUCGUUAAUCUAAACUAAUCUCAAUAAUGAUACGAUGCGAUGUACAGAAGAAGGAUGUUUUCUUCCGCUUCGAUUCCGAAUCCCUCGGCCGCAGACGCGGGUCGGGAGUCAAUUAUGUUACCACGUUCUUUUCGGCUUACGAUCAUAAAUAGCACGUAGAUCAUAAUAGGCGAUAGACGAUAGGCGUAGGCGUUAGACUGUAGCGAUUAGCAUCGGUUGAUUGAUUGACAGAUUGAUUGAUUGAUUGAUUGAUGAGGCACCCGAACGACUAGGUAUCGGACACCUUUACGAGACGUGGCCGAACGGCGGCAGGUCCCUGCAGGCCCUGGCCUUCCCCGGAGCCGUGGCUCUGGUUCCCGGGAAGCGGACUGCGCCGGGACACUGCCCCCGUUCCGCCGUAAUUAUGUUUUGGAUUUCAACACACGCGUUCGCGCAAACGAGUCCCCUGCCGCUGCGGGAGGCGACACACUCGCAGAAUCGAUUGGGACCCGGGCUGCCGGGUUUUUCGGGGCGAGCUGCCCGCGAUGCCCCCCGAAGGUGUGCCCCGCCCACUAGCAAUCCGGGUCCCAAAUGGCAGGACACAGGCCCCCUGCGCCGGCAAAGGAUGCGUUGAAAACGAGUUGCCAAUGAAUAGUUGAACAUAGUCGAGUGUUGCGAAGGCGGAUGGAAGGCGGUUACGACACGGAAACGUUUACAAGAGUUAAGAGCUCAUUCCGAACCAAGCAGUACUUUUCCAAGACAACUAUUUCAGAACCAACUAGGUCAGCUUCAGUAGAGCAGAGUACUAGGAAUAAUUAGCAAAUGACAAUCUAGAGAAUUUAGCCAGAGAGCUGGGAGCAGAGAAGGCGUUUGCUAGCCCCUGGAACUACCAACUAUGCCACUAACCGACACCCACAGACACAGGCCCAGACCCAGACCCAGACGACACGGGAACGGGAACUCUGUCACAACACGGUUAAUUUUAGGAAACUUAUUGCUAUUCUUUACACAGCGCUGAAAAUUUGAAAUUGUAGUCGGAGGAUUUUUGUGGAGGGACAUCCUGGGAGGAUGAUGCAAAGGAUAGCUGUUGAAUGAGGAGACAAAUGCGAGGAGACAGGCUAGAAGGAGUGCCGCAGCUGGGCACUUUCACAGCUGUUCGGAGAACAACCGGGUCCAAGCUAAACUAAAAGAUAUAUUUUCAUGGAUUUUGUAAAACUUGAGAAGCCACAGACACAGAUACAGAUACAGAUACAGACACAGACACAGAUAUACUACACAGAUACAGAUACAGAUACAGAUACACAGCCACAUAAAGUUCACAAGUUGAAGGCAUAAACUGCAUAUGCAUAAUGUGUAUAUAAGAACUAUAGAAGCUAUAUAUUUAAAUAUAUAUACAGACAUAUAUAUAUUUUUUUCGAAUCGUUUAAGUGAAAGAGUUGAACAAAAUAUGAAGAGAACAUGAAUCGCAAGUCUUAUGAAAACCUAGCUAGUAAGGCAACCCAAAAUUGUAAAGGUCUCGAUACAAAUAAAAAUACAGAUACGGAAACGGAACGAGAGAAUGCUAAGCUGCAGAUGCAGAUGCAGAUGCAGAUGCAGAUACAGAUGCAGAUGCAGAUUAAAACAUAUUACCUAGCGAAUGCCUAACGCUCUUUGAAGUAAAAAAGUAAUACUUAUGCAUACAGUACACAUACAGAAGUAUAUAUAAAUAUUGAUAUAUAUACGAGAAUAUAUAUAUUUAUAUUAUAUAUAUAUUAUAUUUAUAAUAAAGCAUAUAUAUGUAAAUGUAACUUAUUUAUGGUAUUUACGCGCCUACCUAGUCCCUGUAAAUAUUUCGAAGAACUUCAAUCCGAUUUCCAACUGAUUUAUAUAUGUAUACCACAUGCUAGCUCAACAAAAGGACAGACAUCGAAGCUAAGACAGGACUCUCCCCUCUACUGAUAUACAACUGCUAUAUACUAUUAACUUACUUUUAAUUAUAAACUUACGCAAGUCUGAAAGUAUUUCUAUCGAAGAGUUCUAAACUGCUUUACUGUAAAUUGUACAUACACCUCUAGCUCUAGAUGAUUCGGAUACCUGUAGUCUGCUAGAUACUGAGACAUUGUAAGAUACAUCCCAGACACACACAGACACACCCAGAUCCCUAGACUCCCCCAGCCCCCAUUUAUCAAUAUACAUACAACACACAUAUUUACUUUUUUUGGAUUAGUCACUAAGCAUAAACUUAGAGAUCGAAAAACAAAAGGCAACAUGAAUUACUAAGUACGAUAUGCACUGCAAGCACUGAGGAAUUUGAUUCAAUUUUACUUAAGAUUACGAAAAGCGAAAAUUGAAGUAGCAUUUAGAAAUUACUAAAUUACGAAUAUAAAUUUAAAAUUAAUUUUUCCAGCUAAGAACAGGUAUUGCUUUCUGGCAAUUGAGUGGACUUUGAGAACGUAUUAGCAUCUGGAUUGGCUAUGCAGCGUGUAUAUAUGUACAUCACUCCCACAGACUCCCACAGAAACACACAAAUCUGAUAAUAGGCCAGACAUAGCUGUACAAUAGUUAUUGAGACUCCCCCUUAAAGUAAAAGUCUAUCAAUCUAAAAGCAUGCUCUUUAAAUCUGUCCACCAAAUUAUACUUCCUGGAGAUGCAAAGCCCGAACCUUUCUAGACCUUUCCUUACCUCGACAGAAACGUUGCAAAAUUGUAAAAUCAAGAAAAUUAAUUAUAAACCCCAAACACUAUCAACUUAAGCUAGCUAAUCGCAAGUAUUUGACCACCAAACGAUAUCAUCCACAAAAUUGCUUAUAAAUAUUUUCCAUCACUCUAUUACGAGGAAAUAAAUUUUUUUUGGUAUUUCAAACUCAAAAACGGACAGUUUUAAUGGUACACGGGAUAUUGAAACAUUAAAUUAUAACAUCAUAAUAAUAUAAUUUAUAAUUUAUAAUAUAAACAGAUUCCUAGGAACAAAUGGAAAGUGGAGUCGCUACUCUUUCGAAAUUUCUAAUUGAACGCGAAUCAGGUGAGCGGGACGCGUCCGGAAACAAACCACUACCGAACCCUCACAUCCCCCAACAUGAAAAGACAUUAACACCAGCGAGCGUCAUCUGGCCAAUGGAUUGUGUUUUAAGCCAAGUUUCGUCCUGAUUGAACCUUGAUCUACAGUAACCAGGAACACCACACCUGCGUGCUACAAAACGACCAACGUGUGCUAGAGGUGGAACAAAAUGUGUAUUGGUAAAUGCCGAUAGUAACUAUCGAUUAGCAUAGAGGUGGAAAAUAAUGUGUAUUGGUAAAUGCCGAUAGUAAGUAUCGCAUCGACAUCGAUAUAUUAUGACUUACCGACUUAUCGAUAUUCUUAUCACCCCUGUCGUCAUUGCUCAUCUCUAUGCCGACUUGCAAAUCGCUAAGAAACUUCCUCGUCUAUAAAUACGCUUUUUUCCACCAAUUCGGGACUCAACGCUUCUUAAACAGCGUCAUUUCAAGCAAAAAAGCAUCAUUCAGAUGGCGAAGAAGACAAUAGAAUAUGAAGAUGAUGAAGAAUGCCGUCCAGCGUAACAGGACGACCAUGUGCGACAUUCACCCUAGGUCGACGGCAAAACCGGCCGAAAUUGCGUUUUGGUACUAAAAGAACAAGGAUGAGGCCAUAUGAGGCAUGAAAAGAUUCGGGCUAAGAAAAUAGACAUUUGCAAAUGAAAUGUGAACGAAGCAGUCCUGUUGGACGCCUUUCGUUUGGCCCCAACUAUGCAGGGCGUUUCUACUUUCGGUGCUUGACCUAUGACCAAUGUCAUCGUAAUUGGUUGCUUGCGAACACAAGAGCCACCCAGCUCAGUUCAAGGAAUACGACGAUGAAGUAAACCAAUCUUGAGUGCGGAUCAUUGGCAAAGAAAGGAGCCAAUAAAGAGGAAGCUUAGAUUGCUGAAGGGACAGAUUCGGCCAAGGAUCCGGAUUCCCAUUCUGAGCACCACAUUAAGAGCGGCAUGCUGCACGCCGGAAACCGAUCGAAGGAGGAGGAGCUGCAGCCGCUAAGGCUUUCCCUUGACUAAGGGACCAGAUCGCAAACAAGCUAGGCAAGCAACAGCGGAUGGAGCUCAAAAGGCUACUGGUUGGCGGACGGAACAGAACUGGCGGUAGUAGCGGGCUUUCUAUACAAAUUUGAUGGCGUGAAGCGACUGGACUGGCCGUCGGAGCAGCUUGAGAAUCGUCACAUGGCCGCACCGCUUUCAAAAAUGAGAAGGAAUUCGAAGCAGAGUCGCGGCCAGCAGAAGGCACAGAUUUAACAUGGACCACAUUGGGGCGGGAAUCAUUUAAGUAGAAAUGCAAAGGCUUAACUUCAAAAAGAAAUUAUUUUGUGGGCUUAUCUUAAUAAAAACUUGUAUCUAAAA